AUGCGGUGGCUACCAGUUCUCUUGAGUGUCAUAAGUUUGUUCCUCCAUGGAUGUAACGCCAGGCAAUUCGAGCACUGGUAUCCGUUCUACGAAUGGACCCUGACACAAGAGGAAGGGGCCCCCACCUGCCUCAAAGAUUAUGCGGACGCCGUCGAGAGAUUGGGAGCAGAGCAGUCAAUGACAUGCAAAAACUUGGUUAGCUGCAUUUACAACAACACCAAAGAAAUCGACAAGGCGGAUAUGUCAUCUGCGCUGGUUCUACUCGGUCUUGCACCAACGGUCCUGGGACAGAUGGGCCCGACCCUGAACCAGAAAGCUCAACUGUGCGUUCAGAGCCCCAUCCUUGGGCUUUUGUGUGUCCUAGGCGCGCCUUCAAUCGCUUUCGGGAUGCCGUGGGCAAGGACGACUCCUAUCACGCCUACUGACGCAAACGCCUUUGCUUCUGGGGAGAUGUGGUUUUUUAAUUGGAUUAUUUGGGCCUUUAAUCGCAUUUUUUGCGGCCGUAUGGAAAAGCCUGCGCAACAAACGAAGCCGAUGACACAGUCAAUAUGGAUUAUUUUAGCAAAAUAUUCGCUCGCGGUCGGUGCGGCGGUCAACCUUUUUCUCAACGUUUGGACUCUAAGCCGUCAAACUGUUGUCAGCUGGAAAUGCACCUCUGUAUAUCUUGAGUUUUUGUGGGUUAGCCUCACAUUGGUUCCGAUUUUCUUGGCGGUAGUGGCUACGUCGGUCGAGCGAACUGAGAGUACUCGGAGCGGGUCGAAAGGCCGGCCUUUAUGGUCCAGAAUCUUCUAUUCUCUAUCAAAUAUCGCUGGCGCUGUCCAUGUUCUUUUCGGGACGGUGAUGUUUUCUUCGGUCCUUUUCAUUGGAACAUUAGAUGCAUUGGGAGUCGUCGGACGGUUAACAGCGUCCACGCUUGUCUGUCAAUUUAUCACAGCGUUGGAGUUGGAGCGUACGGAGGAUACAGAACAGGAGUUAAAGAAUGGGCAGGGUACAGAGCAUGAGUUACAGGAUGUAGGGAAUUUGGGCGCCGGAUCUAACUUGAGCAAGUGA